GGCAACUAGAGAAUUGGCAUCAUCGACUGAAGUAGAAAUAGAAGACUGGCAGAAAAGGCAUAAUAGAAGAGAGGAGCUCAGAAGAUAGGGUGGCAGUUUAAGAGAUGGUGAUUCCAAAGGGACAAAGUUGGAGGGGGUGGAGCAAAUGAUUUCCUUCCUGGACAGGCAGUCUAUGGUCAGUGUACAAGAGUUGCUGUAGCAACCCCAGAGCUGUACUCUGCCUAGCAGAAACUCGGUAGGAUUUCAUAGAUUUUGUUCUCUUAACUGAAAAACAGACCGAAAGCUCCCUGAGGGCAAGAUCCCCUCUUGCUCACCACUGUAGCCCAGCACCUAGCAUAAUACCUGGCCUGUAUUGACCUUGAUGGGAUAGAAGGUUAAACUCAAAACUUCUGAAGCAUGGAAUUUGAGGGAUGAGGAGAAAGGAAAAAUUCCAGCUGUUAGUCAGAAGUCUCAGAAUGCUGUACCCAAGAAGGAAGCUGGAUACAAAGUCAGAGUGAAAUCUUCACAGUUCUUGGGAAACAAACCAGAGUCAGGAAGCCACAUGAAACACUUGACCAGUUUUCCUUACAAGACAUUUGCCAGAUUUUAAAGCUGCAUAAGAUGGGAGGCUAAUGAGCUAAACUAAAACCUCCACAGGACAGAAUGGAUCUCCCACAGUGUUUGAGGGCUGAAAAGAAAGAGACCUUCUAAGAAGUCCAGAUCAGAAAAAUAGUAACUACAAACCAUGGAUGAAAUCUAUAAGAUUGCUUCCACAGAAAGGAUCCAGCUGUUGGAAAAAGAACUGGCUGUGCAGUUGGCAGAACUGAAGUUUGAGAUAGAAGAACAGGGGACUCUUCAGGGGUCAGUUCCUGGAGCUUUCAGCUCUGUUCGAAUGCCAAAGGACAUUUCUUUCUUUAGAAGAGAAAGGGAGCUGGCUCUAAAGAAAACUUUACAGGUGGCUGAGUCAAAGCCCCUUGUUAUUCAAGCAGAUGUCAUGCAGAGGGAGCUAGAGAGCUGCCUAAGGAGAGAGUACACUCCUGAAAAUUUACCUUUGCUUCUGUUGCAGUAUUAUACAGAGAGAAUUACCCAGCUGGCCCAGAGUAAAUAUUUGCAUAUGCUUAGGUGGAAGAGAUUUUGCCAUCACAGUAAGAUCAUGGAACAACUCUAUCCUCUUUAUAAGAAACAAGUUGCCUACAUUAUGCAGGAAUACAAUGAUGCCCUUCAUAGAGCUGAUAGAUUGUCUGUUGCACGAGAAAACUUCCUUAUGGGAAAAAAGAAUCCUCCUAACUUAGUGACACAGGAAGACCUGACUAUUUACACAAAUUGGUUAGUGUGUCACCUACACUCACUCAAGACUAUUCACCAAUACCUGCAGGCCCUCCAGUAUUUGCCUCUCUCCAAAGUGCUAAGUAUAGCUGUGGAUGAAAUCCCAGAGGUUGGUCAGGAAAAUGAAAAGGUCCCUGUUGAUGACAAUGACCCUGACAUCCAGGGUUCUGAAUCUCCAGGCUCUAUGAAUACCAAUAUUUCAGGGCCAACAAGAACAGAAGCUGCUUUCAUCCUGCCCCAACACACAACAGAAACAGAAAAACUGAAACCUCAGCUGAAGCUCCUGCUCUCCCAUUUUAAUAUCCCAUAUGACGUGGAGGAACUAAGGGAUGCUGCCAAGGAAAUAGAACUUUUUUCCUUGGUGUCCCAAAAAUUUCAAAGCAUCUUCAUGAAGCAGCAGAGAAUGAAGACAUUUCCAGACUAUGAUGCUGGGAUAGCCAAAGCUGAGCAUUUGAGUUUGGCAGAACCUGGUAUGGCCUUGAAAAAGAGAGCCAGCUGGAUUUCCUUUGUAAAGAUUAAGCCAAAAUGUGAUCCUUGGCAAAAGAAGCUUUUGACCAAACUAAAAGAACGGAAAAGAAUAGAUGCAUUAAUGCAACUCCAAGCAAAGUUUUUGAAGAUUUCCAACCCUGAGCGAGUAAUGCAAGUGCUGCAAGAUCAUGCUGCAAAGACAGUCUUCAUGGCUUCAUCUCAUCCAACAUUCGUGGCUUCCUGGGAUUUGCAUCAGGGCAACUAUGACCAAAUCUGGGAGAAUAUUUAUAGCAAUGUCAACCUUUACCAGAAUGAAAACAUGAAGGAGGAUGGCCUUUCAGUGGAGCAAAAUGAAAAUGACUCAGCACAAAUAAGUCGUAGCCAUUGUGCUGAUGAGCCUGUCAAGCAGAAGAAAGAGCCGGGGUACAGCUAUGCACUGGCCCUACAACUCCUGGGUUUGGAUGAUGGGUCUGGGCCCAGUGAUGGGGAUUCUGUCCUGAUGAGAGGGACCUACUUGUCCUUUCUGUAUCUGCGCCACCUGAGGAUCAGGGAACUGCAGCGCAUCUGCUUAGGAAUUCUGAACUAUUUCAGAUCCAUUGAACGAACGCUGACGAUCAACACUUCAGGCCUUACCUUGGUUGCAGGGAGCCUGGUCCCCACCUCGGAAGAUAGCUCCUGGGUAAAUACAGUAAAAGGAGGCAUGGGCACCCCACAAGGCCUAGGCACUCACCACUAUGUCCAUGGAACAUCUGCUGAGCACAAGGUCCAGGGCAUCCAGUUCAUGGAGUUCUCAGAAGUGGAGAACCAAGAUGACUACUACAGCAUGGAAGCUGGUUACAUCCACACCCAGGACCAGCAGGGAAUCUAUGUCAUGUAUGAUGAAGCCUUGAGUGAUCUGAAGGAACUAGAGACAGAACUGCUGCUUGUGGCCAGCCAUUACGUUGAGAAAGAAAAAGGUCACAAAGUGGGCGGCAAGUCAAAUAUUGACCAGGACUGGGGAUGGAUCCAUGCAGGUGUGGACAGAUUUGCUGUGCUAUAUGACAUGUGGACUUGGGAAGCAACUCUUCUAGAAAACAAGCGCCAGCUUCUUGACAGUUAUUUCGAAGCCUACCAGCAUGCGUUGGACCCAGAGGAGAGAUUUGCCUUAGCACAAGUGAUCAUUGACAUUAUGCACAGGUGCCCACGGUUUGAUCUCAGCCACCCUUACUUCAUUAAGGCCUACCGUGAUGAAUGUGCCUGCCUGAGUCUCCACCUGCAGCUAGUGAGGGAUGUCCUCAACCAGCAUAUAGAGCGUCAGCGGGAGUAUGUCCAGAGGCUUUGGCGAAAAGGCCAUCCAGAUAAUAGGAAUACAUUUGGACUUCCCCUUAACAUAAUUUGCAAACAGCUCAUUUCCAUCAACAAUAGCUGCCCAGCUUUGAAAAAUAUUUACCUGCUGGAGUUCCACCCUUCUCUGGGCCUGGCUUCACACAUUCCCAGGGCCCUCGAGCACCUCCUCAGGGAGGCCUGCCACACCUGCCAGCCCACAUCAGCCCACGCCCUCACUUUGCUGGAGAGACGCGUGCUGCAGCUGGCCCUGGAUAUAUGGUUCACUCCAGCCAAGCCGGAGUCCUGGUACAGCGCACAGCUCCAGAAAGAUCUGUUUUCAACUAAAGUGAUGCGAAAUCCCUUUCUCGUGGGGGAGAUAGGCUUGCUUGCACUCAAGUCUGCAGCAAAUGAAGGACAGAACCAAGGCCAAGAUUCUCAUAUGCUGCUUUUGGAGACAUAUUCCAAACUUUUAGAAAUCUUGACCCUCCGCCAUCGGCUGAUAGAAAUGAGUCUGGAGAGUGUACACUUAGCACGUCUCUAUAAGGAACUGGCAUCUGAGAUGGGUUUUGAAGAGUUCCAUUUGUAUAUGAGGCCUGUUCACUUUGAAUUUGCAUCACAUGAGGACAAGGUGGCCCAUCCACCUCCUGUCUUUAUAACCUCUCUGCUGGAGGACAGUGAUCGUGUAGACAGAUAUUCUCCUGCUACUCUGGUCUUGGCCAUCUCUGAGGUGGAUAAUAACCAAGUUGGCAAAUUUAGUUUUUAUACAAAGGAAGCCAUUCUAAAGCUCCUGCUACAUUCGGGAGUGGAAAAUAUGCAAGUGACCCUUGCGUGCCAAGCUACUCAGAAAAAUGCUUUAAUGGUGGCUCUCCAGCAGGCGUCCUUCUAUCACACUCCCCGAGGGGGCUGUCCUGCUGAUGUCAAGGAAAUAACUUCAGGUGCGAGAAAUCACAGUGGAAUGGGUCCAACCGGAAGAAGAAAUUCCAGAACUGUGAAUGGCAUAGAAAGCAUUCUGUUAGCCCCAACUCCAAAAGUCCAAGACACCCUUACUCAUCCUUCAGAAAGAUUCCAGGCUACCAAAAGGGCCCCAGAAGCUUUUGUGUCUAUUCAACUAGAAAAGGUGGGGCUGAGGGACAUGAUGCUGAAUGCCUUCCUCCUCAGGAAACAAGCCAUCGCUGAUAGAAUGCAGAACCUCGUGAGUGUGGAUGAACUUGGGAAGGUCAAGAGGGACGUUAUAGUUGAAUAUUGCAAAAAGUUCAACCGCCACAUGUCUCACUAUGCUCUUCGGGGUCAGAUCAUGGCGUACUGCAACAGCCUGAGAUCCCUGUUGGAUGGCUGCCCUACCAUCAGGGAUACCUUUUUCAUGGUGGGACAACCACAUGAAAAGAAGGGCUUGAGGGACUCUGCGGAGGGCCUCAAGGCUGAUCCCAGGAGUUUUCAGCCCCGGCCACGCCGUUUGCUAUCUGCUGAUGGGAAAGUCUUCCUCAAUUUAUGGUUCAUACCCCAUCCUUCUGAAGUGCUGGUGAUGUUCAAAACUCUGCCAGAAAAGGCAGCUUUUAGAGCCUUAAAGCUAACUCUACAGCUGAUAGCCCCUCUCCAUGACAUUGUGGCCUACUUUUUCAGUUUUGCAAAACUUGGAAAUUGUCCAGCAUGUUUUGAAUUUCCUCUAAUUCCUAACCCUCUGAAAGGUGACUGGGGAGGAACUGAGGGUAUUGGGUCUGAGCUUCAAGAGCUGCAGAAAAUGAUUGACCACCUCCAGGACCCUCAAGACCCAACCCAGGUGUCCCAGGCCCUCCUCCUCCAAAGAGAGGUUAUGCUUCUCCAGUUUGAUGUUGCAGUGAGGUACCUCAUCCGGAGAACAUUUUUGGCAGCUGGAAAUGCUCCUGCCUACCAGUCUGUCACAGAUGGCAUGUACCAUGGGUUACCACCACUGAGCAACUCUCUCACGAAGAGCAUUUUUGCUUCACAGCUCAGCCUGCCCCAGCCAUUGGAUCCACAGAGCCUCCAGGCAUUUGUGCUGUUCCCUUGGAGAGCAUUUCUGCAAGAUGGAGGACCGUUUCCAGUUACGAGUAGCAGCCCAGAUACUCUAGAGUAUAAUAUGCAGCUAUGCCUCUGUGGGCUGAGUGACCGAGACCUCAAGGCGGCUCAUGGAGAGCUGGUAGGCAUGCAGCUGCUAAUGGAAGAUGUCCUUCGGAGUCACUAUCACAUGGUCAUGGAGGAUCCCCCCGGAGGUCAAGCCACACUGGACAAAAAUAUACAGCCAAAUUUGUCCAGAGUGCCAGGAUUCAGAAGUCAGUUCCAGAGCAGCCCAAAGUCCUCCAAGCUGCCAGGGGGCCCGUGCAAUGCAGUGAUGUCCUUUGCUUUGCUGAGAUCAUUUCUGGUGCUGUGGAAGCAGCUGGAAGUUCUAAAGGAGCACUGGGGCCGACUUAAGCUGCAAGGCCAGGACAUCAAUUCUUUGUCUCUCCACAAGCAGUUCUCAGAGCUGUAUGAAACUGACAUUCUCUACCCUAGCAUGAAAGCUAUAGCUAGGCGGAUGGGGAAUGAAGAUGAAUUUGAAGGACUUAUAAUAAGUUGUCAGUCUAUUCUUCCCCCCAGAGGAGCUUCAGAAAUUGAAGUAAAAACUCAGCAGCUUCAGAAACUUCUGGAAAAUCUUGAAAUUCAUAUGAUCCAGGAGGUAAUAAGAAAAGUUGACAGAGAUAUAACACUGGUUAUAUCAGAAAAAUCCAAGGAGCACCUUACUCUACCUACAGAUCUUUGGAAACACCAAGUCAUGAAAGAAAACUUUUCAUUUAUCAGACCACAAAUAGUUGAAAAUUUUGUACAGAGAUUACUGGAGAAUUACCAGGAUGGUGGACUAGAGAUCACUUUCAGGAAAGACCACCUUGAGGCCUGCCUCCUUUCCCUGGGUUGCGACGUGAUGGCCAGGGAACGCAGCAACUUCGAGAGCUACUCCAUGUGUUACGAGCAUGUGUUGGAGCAUGCUAGGCAAAAGCUCUGCCAGAAGGAGCAGGAAUUAGACAUUAUACGAAGAGGUCAGAGUCCACCUGAAGACAAUGCUGGUCAGAUUGCAGAGCUCAGUCAUAGUAUGAUCAUGGAAAUCACUGCCCUGAGAGCCCAACUCACAGAUUUGGAGGAGGAGAACCUGAAUCUCAAAACUCAGAUUAGAAAAGAAGUCCAAGAAGAAUAUGAAGCAUUAGUCCAAGCUUUGUUUGUGACAUGUUUACACAUCAAAGAGAAGCUGGAGGAGAAUCAACUUAAUUUGAUCCAGAAAGUAUGUGAGCUCGUUGGCGAAGUAAGAACAGAAGGGAUUGACAAUAUGAAGAACCUGAAGAAGAAGUGGGGCUCUGCCAGACCUGAUGAAGAAAUGCAAGAAAGCCCAGCCAAACAGGAGCAGCUGCGGGCCUUGGAGCAGGACAACUGUAGCCUGGCUGCCCUGGUGUGCAAAGUGAGGAGCCUGGGCCGCUGGAGGCUGGCAGCACAGCAGGAGCGCUUCCGGGGCCAGCUGAGCAAGGCUGAGAAGGAAGCUAUGCAAAGUAAAAAAGAGUGUUUGAACAUCAAGCUAAUGGCAGAACAAGAAGUGGUUUUACUUCGGCAGCAGUUACUGGCUCUAAGGCAGGCUCUGGCCAGGGCUCAGGCAGACAACAUGAGGAUGAGCAAGCAGCAGGAGAACCAGGGGCAGUUGCUGAAAGAGUUAGAACAUAGAGUGACCCAGGAAGCUCUCCACCGGCAGCAGCUGGAUUUAAUGAAGACCUCCAGCAUGGAGAAGCUCUUGGAGGAUGUGGAGCAAAAAGAACAGCACCUGCAGCUCCUUACUGAAGAGGCCGAGAGGGCUUCUAAACUGGGCCAGCUCCAGCAGAAGAAAAUUCAGAGAGAACUCCAACAGCCCUUUUCCUCUCAGAUGAGAAGCCGGCUUGCCCAGGAGCGCAGCGUGAAGCUUGAUGCUUUCCAGCGGGUAGAAGAGCUACAAAGUCAGCUUAAUGACGCUAAGCAAUCGUCCAUACCGAGCAGCUUGCCAGGCGGUUUUAUAUCUCAGGCUCACUAUUCCCUAAGUUCUGCUUCCACAUCAUCCAGAUACUCCCAGCAACACCGUUUAAAGACUCAUCUCAAGGCGAGUGAAAUAACAAGAAAGAUCCAAAGGCCAAAGACAGUGCCUAUUAAACACAAAAAAAGAACUGACCAUGUCUUCUUACCCAAUGUGGCAGAAAAUGUUCAACUUACAGCUUUUCAAGUUAAAACAGCUCCCUCUAGAAUCCCAUUCAGACCUGAUUGGUAAUCAUAUAUCCUUUUCCCAAGCUUUAUUUCUAUGAGCAUUUGAAUGAAUAAAAAUGAUUCUAAAUUCCA